AUGUCCCUAAAACCACCAUCCCUCCUGCAGCAGCACCAACGACAACCACCACAGGGCGAGCAAGACCCGGACUUUGAAAUCACGAUCCGCUUCUCUGCCUCUCUCCCGGACCUCCAACUCUCGAUCCCGGCCUCUGUGAAUGCAAAUGCAGCCACGUUAAAGCAGCUCAUUCGGUCGCGCAUCCCAGAUGCAUACGCCAAACACCGCAUUCGAUUGAUCCACGCGGGCAAGGCCCUGGUGGACGAUGUCCCGCUCACGAGCUCGUUGAAGAGGAACGUCUCCCGCCCACCGAGCCGGAUUGGCACGCCUGGGCCGUACGAUGAGAGAUCCAAUAAUGGCGCAGCGACAGCGAGGGGGAAUAAUAAUGCCGGUGACGGUGGCGGGAAAGGAGACACUGGGAAAGGCAAACAACCGGUGCGAGAUCCGCCGUCGCAGUCGCAGUCGAGAAUCUACAUCCACUGCUCGAUAGGGGACAUCGUCCUCUCCGCCGCAGAACUGGCUGCCGAGGCUGCCAUUGCCGCUGCAGCUCAACCGACAGAUGAUCAAGAUGUGGAGGAGGAUAAGGCGGGCGAUCGAAAUCAGCAAACUACUACAACGACACCCGCGCCUCGCGGCUUCGACCGUCUCCUCAACGCCGGCUUCAGCGCCGCAGAAGUCCAAUCCCUCAGACUCCAGUUCCUCGCUAUUCAGGCGCACACACACACCCCAGACACGAUGCCGUCGCCCAACACGCUCAGAAACAUGGAAGACCGGUGGCUCGACAACUCCAACUCCACAGGCGCGGCGAAUGCCGAUCUGGGCACAGACACGACGGCGGUGCUAGGCGACGAUGACGCCCAGGCUGGCGCUCUGGACGACAUCAUCUGGGGCACGGCCAUGGGGUUCUUCUGGCCCAUCGGGUGUCUGGUGUGGGGCGUGCGCGAGGAGGGGAUCUGGAGUCAGCGGCGCAAAAUGGCCGUGAUUGUCGGGUUUCUGCUCAAUAUAGGGUUGGGCGUUAUCAGGUAUACGGGUUGA